CUGGUUCGCUGGGGCAGCGCAGCGGGCGGGGGCCGCGAUCCAGACACCGGAGCGGCUGGCACCGGGGUGGCCCGGAGAGGGGCGAGCAACAUGAGCAGCAAAUGCGACGUGGUCGUGGUGGGGGGCGGCAUCUCAGGGGAGAAAAAGAAGUCAGGUUUGCCCAUUCGUUGAUUCAUUCAUUCAUUCAUUCAUUCAUUCAAUAAACCCUUAUCGAGUGCCCUAUUUACCAAGCAUUGGGCUAGGCGUGGGAAUAUCCAGAUGCGUAAUCCAUGUUUCCAUCUUUGAAGGGUACACCAAGCAGAGGGAGGCACGUGCAGCUACAUACAGGUAUGGCAGCAGCCAAACUACUGCAUGACUCUGGCCUGAAUGUGAUUGUUCUGGAAGCCCGGGACCGUGUGGGAGGCAGGACUUACACCCUCAGGAACCAAAAAGUUAAAUAUGUGGACCUUGGAGGAUCUUAUGUUGGACCAACUCAGAACCGUAUCUUAAGAUUAUCCAAGGAGCUCGGAUUGGAGACCUACAAAGUGAAUGAAGUAGAGCGUCUGAUUCACCAUGUAAAGGGCAAAUCCUACCCCUUCAGGGGCCCAUUACCACCUGUGUGGAAUCCAAUUGCCUACCUAGAUCAUAACAACCUUUGGAGGACAAUGGAUGACAUGGGACGAGAGAUUCCCAGUGAUGCCCCAUGGAAGGCGCCCCUUGCAGAACAGUGGGACUACAUGACAAUGAAGGAGCUGCUGGACAAGAUCUGCUGGACAGAAUCUUCGAAGCAGCUUGCUACUCUCUUUGUGAACCUGUGUGUCACUGCAGAGACCCAUGAGGUCUCUGCUCUCUGGUUCCUGUGGUAUGUGAAGCAGUGUGGGGGCACGACCAGGAUCCUCUCAACAACCAAUGGAGGGCAGGAGAGGAAAUUUGUGGGUGGAUCUGGUCAAGUGAGUGAGCGGAUAAUGGACCUCCUUGGGGACCGAGUGAAGUUGGAGAGGCCUGUGAUCCACAUUGACCAGACAGGAGAGAAUGUCCUUGUGGAGACCCUAAACCGCGAGGUGUAUGAGGCUAAGUAUGUGAUCAGUGCUAUUCCUCCUGUUCUGAGCAUGAAGAUUCAUUUCAAUCCCUCUCUGCCAAUGAUGAGAAACCAGAUGAUCACUCGUGUGCCUUUGGGUUCAGUCAUCAAGUGUAUAGUUUAUUAUAAAGAGCCCUUCUGGAGGAAUAAGGAUUACUGUGGAAGCAUGAUUAUUGAAGGAGAGGAAGCUCCAAUUCCCUACACGUUGGAUGAUACCAAACCUGAUGGCAGCCAUGCCGCCAUAAUAGGAUUUAUCCUUGCCCACAAAGCCAGAAAACUGGCCCGUCUUACCAAAGAAGAAAGGUUGAAGAAACUUUGUGACCUCUAUGCAAAAGUUCUGGGCUCACAAGAAGCUUUGCACCCGGUGCACUAUGAAGAGAAGAACUGGUGUGAGGAGCAGUACUCCGGGGGUUGCUACACGACCUACUUUCCGCCAGGGAUCAUGACUCAAUAUGGAAGGGUUCUACGCCAGCCAGUGGGCAGGAUUUACUUCGCAGGCACUGAGACUGCCACACACUGGAGUGGCUACAUGGAAGGGGCUGUGGAGGCUGGGGAGAGAGCAGCCCGAGAGAUCCUGCAUGCCAUGGGAAAGAUCCCAGAGGAUGAAGUCUGGCAGCCUGAGCCAGAGUCUGUGGAUGUCCCUGCGAAGCCCAUUACCACCACCUUCUUGGAGAGACAUUUGCCCUCCGUGCCCGGCCUGCUGAGGCUGAUUGGAUUGACCACCAUCUUUUCAGCAACUGCUCUUGGCUACCUGGCCCACAAAAGGGGGCUACUUGUGCGGGUCUAAAGAGAGCGCAUCUGUAACCACAGUCUCUUCUUCUUCUAUUUGGUGUUGUGGGUUUGGGGAACGAGUUGUAAUAAGUUCCAUGAAGACACAAAGAAUGUAGAGUGAGGUGGGGAGCAUGAUGGUAAGUCAGACUUCUGACCACAGGAAACACAGUCUCUCUAUUCUGAUCCCCGUGUAUUGUCUAGUACCUAGCUUAGCACUCUCUCUCACCCAUUUCCAAGUUCACUGGCCCCAGAAGCUUUACAGUAGUUAAACAGGCUUGUUAAAGGUCCUUGCUAUCCUACAAUAUAUGUUGCCCAGGCCCAAAAAACUAGCUUUUUCCUAUCUCUGUGGCUUUGUGCUUGUCCUUCCUCUUACCUGUAAGGGCCACAUCUUCCAAGUUCUCUGCAUUUGUCCUUAGAAUCCUGUAUUGUUACAGCUGGGAGAACUUACACACCACUUUGUCCUCACUUUCUAUCUUAGAGUUGAGCAAACUGAAGCCGAGAGAGUGGAACUUAAUUGUCCAAUGUCCAGAGUAAGCCACUGAUAUUUUGUUGACUAGCACACAGGUCCAUUGCUUCAUCCCAUCUCCCAGGAUGCAUUUCCCAAUCACCCUCUCUACUCCCUGCCAUGGUCGCUGAUGGUGUCCCCUUGUGUGGGUUUACUCUGUACUAAGUUGUUUUGUGCUACUCAGAUGCUACUCAGUAUAUAUCUUUAAGUCUUACUGUCUUGGGCAGUGUGUCUUCAGCUCAUUUUAAUUUUUUUGAGGGUAGGAGUUUUGUCUUUUCUUCCUCUUGUAUCCUCCAUUGUAUCUGGAUACAAAGGUUAGUACACAUUUGGGUAAUUACAAAUAAAUUUGAUUGACCAGA